CUUUCCCCCUCUUUCUGUGUAUCACUGUUUGGGGGGCUUUAAUCAAAUUUUAACGAUUAUUCUCACCUCUCCCUCCCCCCUCGGCUUUCCCCACGCGGCCCCCACCUUUACCUCCCCAARUUCUUCACUCAUUUCGACAUUUGUUUUUGGAAGUCUUGAUUGGGGGGGGGGUGGAAGAGAAAGAGUGAAGAAAAGUUGCAAACGUCUCCUCUUCCUAAGCCUCCCGCCCCCGCCCACCCCUCAGAGAAGGAGAAGAUAAUAUAGUGAAAAGAAGAGGAGGAGGCGAGAGCGACGGGACGGGACGCCAGCGGGAGCGCAGCCGCCCUCCGGGCUCCGCGGCGGCCCCUAACUAGCCCGGGAGCCGAGGGCCCGGAGAGGAGRCGCCGUGACAACUUUCGAUUCCCUCAGAGGGAGUCGGGGGGUCGGCGGCCCCAGAAGCUGUCAGUCCAGUGUAAAGCUGUUGGAGYGAGGGAGCAAAGGUAAAGAAUGAUGUAAUGCACUGGCUGCCCCAAAGCAUCUUUUGUUGUGGAAUGGUUAUUCCAGUCAUCUCUCGAUGAAUCAAAUGUGAGGGGCUGCUUUGUGGAAGGAGUCCUUUGCAAGAGCACAUCAACGGGAAAGAGAAAGAGACAUUCAGUUGGAGGGCUCUUGCUGAAAAUGGGUUUAACUCUCCUUUUGCCAGUCACCACCAGCCUGACCUCAUACAUUUUUAGUACAAUGGAGUGGCUGAGCCUUUGAGCACACCACCAUUACAUCAUCGUGGCAAAUUAAAGAAGGAGGUGGAAAAAGAAGACUUAUUGUUGUCAUGGCCCAUGAGAUGAUUGGAACUCAAAUUGUUACUGAGAGGUUGGUGGCUCUGCUGGAAAGUGGAACGGAAAAAGUGCUGCUAAUUGAUAGCCGGCCAUUUGUAGAAUACAAUACAUCCCACAUUUUGGAAGCCAUUAAUAUCAACUGCUCCAAGCUUAUGAAGCGAAGGUUGCAACAGGACAAAGUGUUAAUUACAGAACUUAUCCAGCAUUCAGCGAAACAUAAGGUUGACAUUGAUUGCAGUCAGAAGGUGGUAGUUUAUGAUCAGAGUUCCCAAGAUGUUGCUUCUCUAUCAUCAGACUGCUUUCUCACUGUACUUCUGGGUAAACUGGAGAAGAGCUUCACCUCUGUUCACCUGCUUGCAGGUGGGUUUGCUGAGUUCUCUCGUUGUUUCCCUGGCCUCUGUGAAGGAAAAUCCACUCUUGUCCCUACCUGCAUUUCUCAGCCUUGCUUGCCUGUUGCCAACAUUGGGCCAACACGAAUUCUUCCCAAUCUUUAUCUUGGCUGCCAGCGAGAUGUCCUCAACAAGGAGCUGAUGCAACAGAACGGGAUUGGUUAUGUGUUAAAUGCCAGCAAUACCUGUCCAAAGCCUGACUUUAUCCCUGAGUCUCAUUUCCUUCGAGUGCCUGUCAAUGAUAGCUUCUGUGAAAAAAUUUUGCCAUGGUUGGACAAAUCAGUGGAUUUCAUUGAGAAAGCAAAAGCUUCCAAUGGAUGUGUCCUAGUGCACUGUUUAGCAGGGAUCUCUCGCUCUGCCACCAUUGCCAUCGCCUACAUCAUGAAGAGGAUGGACAUGUCUUUAGAUGAGGCUUACAGAUUUGUGAAAGAAAAAAGACCUACUAUAUCUCCAAACUUCAAUUUUCUGGGCCAGCUCCUUGACUAUGAAAAGAAGAUUAAGAACCAGACUGGAGCAUCAGGGCCAAAGAGCAAACUCAAGCUGCUGCACCUGGAAAAGCCAAAUGAACCUGUCCCUGCAGUCUCGGAGGGUGGACAGAAAAGUGAGACAUCCCUCAGUCCACCCUUUGCUGACUGUGCUACCUCAGAGGCAGCAGGGCAAAGGCCUGUGCAUCCUGCCAGUGCGCCCAGCCUACAGCCAUCACUGUUAGAGGACAGUCCACUGGUACAGGCACUCAAUGGGCUCCACCUGUCCUCUGACAAGCUGGAAGAUAGCAAUAAGCUCAAGCGUUCCUUCUCUCUGGAUAUUAAAUCAGUUUCAUAUUCAGCCAGCAUGGCAGCAUCCUUACAUGGUUUCUCCUCAUCAGAAGAUGCUUUGGAAUACUACAAACCUUCAACUACUCUGGAUGGGACCAACAAGCUAUGCCAGUUCUCCCCAGUUCAGGAAGUGUCAGAGCAGACUCCAGAAACCAGCCCAGAUAAGGAGGAAGCCCACAUCCUUAAGAAGCCCCAGACCACCAGGCCUUCAGAGAGCAAGCGACUACACUCAGUAAGAACCAGCAACAGUGGCACCCAAAGGUCCUUCUUAUCUCCACUGCAUCGAAGUGGGAGUGUGGAGGACAAUUACCAUACCAACUUCCUCUUCGGCCUUUCCACCAGCCAGCAACACCUCACCAAGUCUGCUGCUGGGCUGGGCCUCAAGGGCUGGCACUCAGAUAUCUUGGCUCCCCAGACCUCUACCCCCUCCUUGACCAAUAGUUGGUAUUUUGCCACAGAGUCCUCUCACUUUUACUCUGCUUCAGCCAUCUAUGGAGGCAAUGCCAGUUAUUCUGCCUACAGCUGUAGCCAGCUGCCCACUUGCAGUGACCAAGUCUAUUCUGUGCGCAGACGGCAGAAGCCAAGUGACAGAGCUGACUCACGGCGGAGCUGGCACGAAGAGAGCCCCUUUGAAAAGCAGUUUAAACGUAGAAGCUGCCAAAUGGAAUUUGGAGAGAGCAUCAUGUCAGAGAACAGGUCGCGGGAAGAGCUGGGGAAAGUGGGCAGUCAGUCUAGCUUUUCAGGCAGCAUGGAAAUCAUUGAGGUCUCCUGAGAAGAAAGACACUUGUGACUUCUAUUGAUUUUUUUUCCACAAAAAUAUUCCCUGUAAAUCUGAAAUAUAUAUAUGUACAUACAUAUAUAUUUUGGAAAAUGGAGCUGUGGUGUAAAAGCAAAAGGUGGAUCAACACAGUUGUUCUCUUAGCAUCUGCAUUUGAGAGAUGAGCUAAUAUUUCUCUCAAGAAAAGUGGAAGGGCAGAUGUUAGAAUCCCCCUAACCAGAGGAACCAACUUGUAUUCCGUGAAUUGCACAUUUAUUGCUCCUACAGAAGCAACUUUAUUUGAUGUCAGAGGACAAAAUCCCGUACCAUUUUCACRUUGUGCUACAAUGAGAUCUCAAAUAUUUGUCUUUGUCCAGUCCCUUCCAUAGUGCACCUUAGUGCUGAGACUGAGCCACUGGUGGGUCGGGUGGGUAGACCUCUUAGGGACAGAACCUAAUGGUUAAAUCCAAGAGAAAUGAUCUUAUCCAAACUGAUUCACAAAUCCAAGCUCACCUGACAGCUGAGUAACAUAAGCAUCAUUCUGCUGCAUGGACCAUUAGGGGCCUCGCCCAGAUCUACUUUAGAACAAACCCAGUACCUCAGACAGGACAGUCGGGGCUUUCACCACUACCAUAUCUGGGAGCCCGUUUUCUAGGCAUUGUGAAUAGGUUGGUAGCUAGUCAUACUUUCAGAACAAUUUAAAACUCUCUAUGCACAAAAUUCCAAUUGGGCCUGGAUGGAGUAGGUUGUUUUCUUCUUUUCAGCUUUAUUAAGAAAGAGAAGAGAAACCAUCUAGGAUCCACUGUAGCUAGGAAUCUGGCAGUAUAAUGAUUUAAGCCAAGAUUGGGAGGCUAAACAAGUCUACCUCCCUUUUAUGAAUCAAAGAAAUGUUUAAAAUGGGAUUGUUAAUCCUUUAAUUAUUAAAGAUUAACUUGGUUU